AUGGCAGGGCUAUUCCAAAGGGUCUACAAUUGGCUCAUGCGCAUGUUCUGGGCGAUGGAAAUGGAAGUGACGAUGGUUGGUUUGCAAAAUGCUGGAAAGACAUCGUUAUUACGAGUUCUUGCUGGCGGUGAAUUCACUCUCGACUCCAUCCCCACCGUUGGUUUCAACAUGAAAAAGGUACAGCGCGGGCAUGUUACCUUGAAGUGUUGGGAUAUUGGCGGCCAGCCCCGGUUUCGAACCAUGUGGGAAAGAUAUUGUCGAGGCGUGAGCGCCAUCGUCUUUAUCGUGGAUAUUGCCGACACACCUUUGAUUCCCCAAGCGAAGGAAGAGCUCCAUGAUCUCAUGAGCCGCAAGUCGCUUGAGGGUAUACCGCUUCUCAUCCUGGGGAAUAAGUCCGAUCUUCCGGACAAGCUUUCGGUGGAUGAGUUGAUUGACGAGCUAGACCUGAAGAGCAUACGAGGUCGUGAGGUGUGCUGCUAUGGUAUCAGCGCGAAAGAAGAGACAAACCUUGACGCAGUAGUCGAGUUUCUAAUGAAGUAUGCCACGCGACCAUGA